UGCAAACUUUGCUCUACUUCUCCUCUCCCUCUUUCGUUCUUCAGCUCCACCAUUAAAGGAAAACCUGUUUCUUAAAGAUUUUAGGGAAGAAGGAGAGAUGGGUUAGGCUUGAAUUUAGGGUUUAUUUGGGUUUCAAGGUUUAAUUUCUUUAGGGUUUUUGUUUGUUAACGAUGGGAUUUGGUUAUGGGUUCAAUGGGUGGUGUAAUCAGUGGCAAAAGGGUUUUCAAGAAUUGUGGGAUUUGAUUAGGAUUUUUUAGGGUUUUUGUUUGUUUGUUUUUGGUUUUUUGAAAGCUGGAAAGGGAGGAAAUUGGUUAUAAUCGUAAGGGUCUGAUUCUGGAUCCUCAAAGAAAUCAUCUUCAUCUUAACCAAGAACUGUUUAAUUCAAGAGAAGAAGAAGAAGAAGGGAAAGAAGAAGAGGAAGAUCAAAGGAUUCAAAUAGGUUUUCAUGGAUUCCAUCAGAAUCAUCAUCAGCUUCAUCAAAAUCAAGAAAUCCCAACUUCCGACCACCGUGUCCUCCACGGAGGAUUAGGUGGUCCGGUAGGGGUGCAGCCGCCGCGGCCACAGAAGAAACGCUCUUAUUUGCCUUCUUCUUCUUCUGUGGACCAACAAAACGACGCCGGAGAAGAAUAUGCACCGAGGUUGCCGGAAAAAAUGGGAGAAAGUUAUCAGUAUCAUAACCAGCAGCAACUCCACCAGCAGCAGCAGCAGCAGGCGGCAACUGGGUCGUCGAGAUUGGGGUUGAGAAGCUCCGGCGGCAGAGGCGGCGGCGAGAUUGUGGAAGUUCAGGGCGGUCACAUUGUACGGUCGACUGGCCGGAAAGACCGACAUAGUAAAGUAUGCACGGCGAAAGGACCCAGAGACCGCCGUGUACGGCUGUCGGCUCAUACGGCUAUCCAAUUCUACGACGUACAGGACCGGCUUGGCUACGACCGUCCAAGUAAAGCCGUCGAUUGGCUUAUUAAGAAAGCCAAGACCGCCAUUGAUGAACUCGCGGAGCUUCCCGCGUGGAAACCCACUGCGACCACCAACGCGACAACCGCCACCACCACGAAUUCAACCUCGAUUGCAGAUUUUGAGCAAAACCCAGAUCAACAAAACGCAAAUCAUCAUCAAUUAAGUCAUUUUGAGCAGCACCCAGAUGAUAAUAUUGUUGAUAAUCAGAUGGGUAAUUCACAAAACUCGAGCUUUUUGCCUCCAUCUCUUGAUUCAGACUCCAUAGCUGAUACAAUCAAGUCGUUUUUUCCUAUGGGUGCUUCAUCGGCGCCGCCGAACAACAUUUCUUCAGGUAUGCAAUUUCAUCAGAACUUUCAACCGCCGGCGGAUUUGCUUUCAAGAACCAGUAGUCGGAGUCAAGAUCUGAGACUCUCUCUUCAAUCAUUUCAAGAUCCGAUUCUUCAAAACCACCACCAAACUGAACAAAAUAAUAACAUAUACUUUGAUGGGUCGGGUUGGCCCGACAACCAGUCUGGUGGGUUUCAAAGAAUGGUGGCGUGGGGUGGUGUUGGUGGCGGAGACGCUGUUUCCGCCGGAUUUGUUUUCAGCUCACAACCAUCGCCGGCGACGCCAUUUCUGCAACCGUUGUUCGGCCAAACAACAAACAAUCAAUUGUUUAACAACAAUUCUCAGAGGGGACCCCUUCAGUCCAGUAACCCACCUUCGUUUCGUGCUUGGAUCGAUCCACCGCCGCCGUUCACCGGCGUUGCGAUCGAUCAACAACCAACCCUAGCUUUCCACCACCCGUCUUCCAUGUCCGGAUUCGCCUCCGGUCUAGGCAGGUUCUCAGGGUUCCGAAUUCCAGCACGAAUCCAAGGUGAAGAAGAGGAACACGACGGCAUUUCCGAUAAGCCGUCUUCUGCAUCCUCCGAUUCUCGCCAUUGAUUCAUCUUCUUUCUCGUAAUCCUCUCACAAACAGGAAAAUUGCUGGAUUCUUGAAUCUUGAUACAUGAUCUUUAAAGCAAAGAGAGGAAGGGAGAAGAAGAUCCAGUGGCGACUACACAGUGAGAGAAACAAAAACCCGAAUCCAUUUCAGGUUCUUCGAUCACCAUUGAUGUGUUUUUCAAGAUUUAGUUUCUUCAUGUUUGAAUUGAGCUCUCUGUUCAGCUCUAAACCCUGUUUUUAAAUUAUCUGGAUUUCAUGGUGUUUUGGGCCAUCUAUGUCACUUCUGCUUAUAAUUCACUACUCUGCUAAAACAGGGCAAGUAAUUUGUUUCGAUUCGAGUUCCUGUUCUUCA